GACCUCCUUGGAGACGAGCUCUGUCCAGCCUGCCUUUGCGUCCCAGAGACAGCGGGGUUGAGCCUGCGGCAUGUGGAACGCGACGCCUAGCGAAGAGCUGGGGUCCAACCUCACGCGGACCGAGCUGGGCUGGGACUCGCCCCCAGACAACGACUCGCUGGUUGAUGAGCUGCUGCCACUCUUCCCCGCACCGCUGCUGGCCGGCGUCACAGCCACCUGCGUGGCGCUCUUCGUGGUGGGCAUCGCGGGCAAUCUGCUCACGAUGCUGGUGGUGUCGCGCUUCCGCGAGCUGCGCACCACCACCAAUCUCUACCUGUCCAGCAUGGCCUUCUCCGACCUGCUCAUCUUCCUCUGCAUGCCCCUCGACCUCGUGCGCCUUUGGCAGUACCGGCCCUGGAACUUCGGCGACUUGCUCUGCAAACUCUUCCAGUUCGUCAGCGAGAGUUGCACCUAUGCCACGGUGCUCACCAUCACCGCGCUCAGCGUCGAGCGCUACUUCGCCAUCUGCUUCCCGCUGCGGGCCAAGGUGGUGGUCACUAAGGGCCGCGUGAAGCUGGUCAUCCUGGUCAUCUGGGCCUUGGCCUUCUGCAGCGCCGGGCCCAUCUUCGUGCUGGUCGGCGUGGAGCACGAGAACGGCACAGACCCUCGGGACACCAACGAGUGCCGCGCCACCGAGUUCGCGGUGCGCUCGGGACUGCUCACAGUCAUGGUGUGGGUGUCCAGCGUCUUCUUCUUCCUGCCUGUCUUCUGCCUCACUGUCCUCUACAGCCUCAUCGGCAGGAAGCUGUGGCGAAGGAAGCGCUGCGACGGAGCGGUGGGCUCGUCGCUCAGGGACCAGAACCACAGGCAAACCGUGAAAAUGCUGGCUGUCGUGGUGUUCGCUUUCAUUCUCUGCUGGCUGCCCUUCCACGUAGGGCGAUACUUAUUUUCCAAAUCCUUUGAGCCUGGCUCACUGGAAAUUGCUCAGAUCAGCCAGUACUGCAACCUCGUGUCUUUCGUCCUCUUCUACCUCAGUGCGGCAAUCAACCCCAUUCUGUACAACAUCAUGUCCAGGAAGUACCGGGUAGCGGUGUUCAAACUUCUGGGAUUUGAGCCCUUCUCCCAGAGGAAGCUCUCCACCAUGAAGGAUGAAAGUUCUCGGGCCUGGACAAAAUCCAGCAUUAAUACAUGACCGGACUGAGCUUAAGCAGUCAUCGCUUAUUGUUC